AUGGUCAAGCCCAGAGAGACAGCACAGGCGUCCCCAGAACAGGCUGAGAUGGAGAAAAUGAAAGCCGAGGCCCGCAGGAAAAAGGAGGCGCAGGAAAAGCAGGAGCAGGAAGAGUACAUACAAAGGGUGAGAAGACUGAUCCAGGAAGACAGAAAAAACAACCUGGAAAAAGCACAGGUGGAGAUUGACGGGCUAAAGGCCAUGCAGAGCGCGUCCAUGAUAGAGGCGGAAAUAAAACCACUGACGGCGUCAAAAGACAGGCAAAGCAUGGCAGAUCCAAACGCAGAGGGGGGAAUAACUAUAAAAAUAAUACAUGAAACCCAGAAAAAGCUGCACACGUUUCCUGCAACCUCAACAGUGAGCGACUUUAAGAGCGUUCUUAAGGAGCACUUCAAAAUAAAAAAGCCAAAGGCUUUUAUCUCUGCUAGCCGGGAAAUAAACUUUGAGGAUCUGAAUGUGUCUCUGGUGUCGUUGGGCGUGUCAGACAUGGACACAGUAUAUGUGCACAGCAUGUAA